GUUCCUCCAGAGCUGCCCCGGUUGUGUCCGGGAAAGAUGGCGUUGGAAGAGCAGUGCUCGGCACCACCUCGAUGGCGGUCCAUAUCAGUGACACACGUAGAGUUCCCUGAAGGUGAUCUGACAGGACAAGUUCUGGCCUACUUAAGUCUCCUGCCGGUAGCCGUCCUUGUGGGUUUUGUGACACUCAUAGUGUUUAAACGGGAACUUCACACGAUCUCCUUCUUUGGUGGACUCCUCCUCAAUGAAGGAGUGAACUGGUUGCUGAAGAACAUCUUCAGAGAGCCACGCCCUUGCGCAGGGGCUCACACAACCCUGCACACAGAAUAUGGGAUGCCCUCCAAUCAUUCCCAGCUUAUCUGGUUCUUUGUUGUUUACUUCUUUCUUUUUCUUUAUUUAAGAAUGCAUCAAACGAACAAUGCUCGAUGCGUGGACCUACUCUGGAGGCACAUACUGUCCAUUAUCUUAUUGGGCAUGGCCAUGUCAGUGUCAUACAGCAGGGUGUACCUGUUGUAUCACACCUGGAGCCAGGUUUUCUACGGUGGAGUGGCCGGCACUACCAUUGCUAUAGUCUGGUUCUUUUUCACACAAGAGGUGUUGACACCUUUAUUCCCCAAAAUAGCAGCUUGGCCAAUUUCAGAGUACUUCCUGGUGCGAGACACAAGCUUGAUCCCGAACAUCUUAUGGUUUGAGUAUACAGUCACCAGAUCAGAGGCAAGGAACAGACAACGAAAGCUUGGAACAAAGCUUCAGUGACCCUCACAGCUUUUUUUGCGAAACUGAGUUUAGGAUCACGCGCACGCCAACACGCAAACAUUUCCAUCCACAAACUAAUGCUCACUCUACAGAAAACAGAAAACAAAAAAAACCACACACACUGGAAAACCAUCUUUUGGACCGACGCGAUUGCGAGGAGUGUAGGGGGGUGGGGGUGGGUGGUAUGCGUGAGAGAAAAAAAAUGUUUACAAUUGGUGAAAGAGUGCCUGGACCUCACCAGGAGCCUACAGCUCAUGCAAGUCCGUCCACACGCCUUUCCUUCUUGUACAGCUUGCCCACAAUGCUCUUCAGUGCAUGCAAGACUGUGCAAGAGGCAUACUAUUUAAAUAUAGAUUAAUUAAUAUAUAUGUGUAUGUGCGUAUACAUGCAUAUAUAUAUUAAACGCACGCAGACAGUACCAGUUUACUGUAAGAGAUUCAAUGACCCGAAAAAAGGAGGCUUCGGUUAAGUUUUUAAAAAAUGGGUGUCGAUUGCAGCAUGUAUUUAGUGGUUGUUUUUUUUAAGAUAUUCUAAUGGCUAUUGGGGGUGGGGGGGUUUAUGGGUUUUGUUGGCAAUAUGUGGAAUUAACAGUUUUUUCCAUUGUUAUAUAAUAGAGAAUGAAUAAUUUCUAAAAUUGGGUAAGGUGUAAUAUACAUUAAAAGAAAUUUGCACUUUGUGAAAUUUACAGGUAAAAUAAAGAAAAAAGGAAAAAAAAAAGACUAACACUAGUUAAAUGUUUUAGAUCGACCCCCUGUUUUCCCUGAUCAGCCUUUGCUUUGUCUUUUGAUUGCCGGUUCUGACGUGUUGGACUCCGAAGCUGAUCUGCAAUCGUGUUGAUUUCUAUUGCUCCUCUUUUUUUUUUCUUUCUUUUAUUUUAAUGGAGGUUGUGGUUCCUUUUUAUCCAUGUUUAGGGGGUUAUGACACUGAAUUGCAGCAGCACAUUUGAGUUGGGUUUUUUUUUUUUGGGAGGGGGUGGUGUUGUAGAAGUCACUUUGGACUGAGGAGGUGUUUUCCUGAUGCCUUGCAUACAGUAGCAACCUGGGAACAGAGUUCUGGGAACCAGUUUACUUUUCUUUUAAUUUGUCUCUUAUCCUGUUUUCUGCUGUUGCAGAUGACACUUUCAACUUACCUGCAUUUUUCCACAUAACAUUCCAUAUCAUUUAGUUUUAAAAACAUCAUGACUGCUGAGGGGAAAUGUUUUUAUUAUUAUUAUUUUAUUUUUUAUUUUAACAAGCCUCAGGUCAGUCGCAGCAUGUUAUUAACGGCUAUUCCUCACAGCCUACGGCAGCUGACGUUGAAAGCUGUCAAAUGGAUAUCUGAAGCUGAUUUAAACGGUCAUAUCAUUAGCUCCACAAAGGGAAGUAGUUCUCUUAGAUUUUUUUUUUCUUCCUCUUCCAUGUGUAACCUAUAUCAGAAAUGAAUAAAAUGUGUUUAUGUACAA